AUGGAGCUAUGGAACCGCACCUCUCUAUCAGAGUUCAUCCUUCUGUGAUUGUUCAGCUACUCAACAUAUGAUUUCCUCUUUUUUCCCCUUGUCCUUCUGGCCUCCACUGCUGCCCUGGUUGGCAAUGUCCUCUUUAUCCUGCUCAUCCAGGCCAAUAGGCACCUGCACACUCCGAUGUACUUUUUCCUCAGCCAACUCUCCAUCAUGGACCUGAUCAUUAUGAGCACAGUGGUGCCCAAGAUGGCAGCUAAUCUUCUCUUGGGCCAUAAGGUCAUCUCUUGGGGUGGUUGUGCCAUUCAGGUCUUCCUAGUGGUCAUGGUAGGAGGAGCAGAGUGCUUCCUCUUGGCAGUCAUGGCCUAUGACAGGUAUGUGGCAGUCUGCCACCCCCUGCGGUACCCUGUGCUUAUGAACUGGAAGGCUUGCUCUCUCCUGGCCUUGGCAUCCUGGAUGGGUGGGGCUAUAGAUGGACUGAUCCAGGCCAUCUUCACCCUGAGCUUUCCCUACUGUGGCUCCCAGGAGAUUGACCAUUUCUUCUGCGAGGUCCCUGCCAUACUAAAGCUGGCCUGUGCUGACACCUCCCUUUAUGAGACCAUGAUCUAUGUCUGCUGCAUCAUAAUGCUGCUCCUGCCCUUCUCUGUCAUCUCUGCUUCCUACCUGCGGAUCCUGGUGGCUGUGCUCCAUAUGCGUUCUGCUGAAGGUCGGCAGAAGGCCUUUGCUACCUGCUCCUCUCACAUGGCAGUGGUCUCCCUCUUCUAUGGGGCAGCCAUGAUCACCUACAUGCGGCCCCAGGCCUACCACUCUUCCAAGCAGGACAAAGUGGUCUCAGCCUUCUAUACCAUGAUCACCCCUAUGCUCAAUCCACUCAUCUACAGCCUGAGGAACAAGGAAGUGGCUGGGGCUUUCAGGAAACUCCUGGGGAGAUGUCCCUGUAGUGAGGGGCAGGGCUAG